GUGGGUGUGGUCUGACAGUAUUUAGUUACAAAAUCCACUUGGUUAACUUUAAGGAAAGAGUUUGGGUUAAAAUGAUCUCUUUAACCUAGUGUCUGGGGUUGAAGUUAGGAUUUGCCCACUAAUCUCGCGAGUCAAUAACGCUCCAGUGACCAGCCGUAACAAGCUGAAAUGAAGACACUAGUUGUGGGAAUUGGCGGGAUGACGAAUGGAGGGAAAUCCACUCUCUCUAAGAGUCUACAUGAGCAGAUACCCAACAGCUGCAUCAUUGCACAGGAUUCAUUUUUUAAGGAUGAUUCUGUGGUGCCAGUGGACAGCAACGGGUUUAAGCAAUAUGACACGCUCGAUGCUCUCCACAUGGACAAGAUGAUGACUGAGGUUGAAUCAUGGCAAAGAGAUCCUGAAUUGUUCCUGAGGGGACGAGGGCUGACAUCAGAGUGCACAUUGCCAUUAGGCAAUGAGGAGGUAUUUGUGUUGAUCGUGGAGGGAUUCCUGAUUUUCAACUACAGGCCCUUGAAUGAGCUAUUUGACAAAAAAUACUUCCUGGAAAUACCUUAUGACGUCUGCAAGAUGAGACGGAGUUCAAGGGUCUACACGCCCCCUGAUCCUUCUGGAUACUUUGAUGGAUACGUGUGGCCCAUGUACCUAAAAAACCGUGAGGAGAUGCAGAGUAUGGUGUCGGGAAUUGUAUUUCUGGAUGGACUAAAGUCAAAGGAGGAGCUGCUGGCUGCUGUGUAUAAAGAUGUUAGUCAGGAAACAAAAAGGCUCACGGAUGUUUUUGUAUCUGAACAAAAGAAAAAUGUACCUACGAAAAAGACUGAAAUUGUUGGAUUUAUUGACCCUCUGAAAAUGAUGACUGCUACUGGAGCGGAUGUCAAGAAAGUUAGUUGUUUGAACUAAAGUGCAACUGAAAGGAUCAAACCAAGUACCUCUUUAAUGUUACAGGACUACAUUUCAAAACCAUGGAUGAAAAUAAACUGAUACUGUAGUGUUUCAAAAUUGUCCAGCUGGAGUUUGGACAGACACUGCCAGAACCACAGUAGGCUCAAUGUCUUUACUACUACAUGCAGUAUUUUGAUGUGAGAUUACAGAAUAUUAUGUAAUGUUUUAACAGUGUUUUAUCUCUCGAUGCAUUUUUUAAUGUACAGGAGGAUCUUAAAGUCAGACUUAUCUGUAUAUUGUAUAUACAUAUACCAUUAACAAGUGAUUUAACCUCAGAUGACCAAAUACAUAAAGUGUGCAUCACCAUUUAAAAGACUCAUAUUUGUAUAUUAUGAAUAUUAAACAAUUAUCAUAAUCAUGUGAUUUGAUGAGCAUCUUUUUUGUUUGUUUUCUAACUAUAAUCUGAAUUCAAAAC